AUGGAUAUCGAUCAAAGUGCUAAAAAUUUAAAUGUUAAUGAACUAAAAAAUUUGACUGAGAUUAUUGGUGAAUUAUGUGAAUGUGAUGUGUUAUUAUUUAAUGUAAAAUAUAUAAGUUCUGACGGACGUUUAUUACGAGAAGCAGUACGAGCGCAAUUUCUAUUCAUCAAUCGAACUAAUGAUGCGCUCCUUUUAGCUGAUCAAGCCAUUUCAAUUAUCGAUAAAAAUGCGCUAAAUCCAAAAGGUGUAGUACCAAAAUUAAGUGCGCUUUCAAAAUAUACAACUGAUGUGACAAAAUUAUCGGACACAGUACCAUACGCACGUCUCCGUGAAGCAGCCCUCCUCUUAGCCAUUUUCACGUUUUUACUUUUUUCUGUGCUAAUUGUAUUCGCUAUGAUUCUUUGCUAUCAUCGUUCAAAAUUCUUACGUGAAAAGAAAAUGCAUGAAGAUGAGAAGAUAGCAGCAGGAUCAAUGAAUAAAAUUAAUCGUUAUAAGCAACCAUUAGCGUACGUGAAAUCAGUUCAACAUAAUCUAAGAGAAAAAUAUCCGAAUGCAACAGAUGAGAAUAUCUAUACCACUCAGGAAAUCAAAAUGUUGGUCGGUUUGGAUGAUACAAUGAAACGGGUACGCUAUGCUAGUAAUGAUUAA